CAACACAUAAAGGAUACAAUUUUGUCCACGUGUGUAGAGCAAAACCACUGUCUUUUUAAAAAAAAAAGUGAUUACUCACGUUGAUCUUAACCAAACUAUGCCUUUAACCAUACGAUAAAUAAUUAUUGUGUUGAUUUUCAUUGUGAUGUUGAUCCAGCUAAUCUACACGGGAGCCUUUGAUACUUUAUUAAAUAAUCCAGAAGGUCAGGUGGUCUGAAAUGCCGUAAUUAUGUUUUCUUUAACGUUUUCCUGUAAAUUGAUAUUAUUUUGUACCUCCGUCCAGCAGGUGGCGAUGAGGAGUCUACACGUCUCUUUCUAUCCUCCGUUAAACUAGGAAGCAGACUGGGUCCGCUAUCCGGAUUAGCUUUGUUUUGUCUUCUGAACUGAAUAUUUGUUUCUGCAGCAACAAUGUCUUCAGCUCAGUCUCUGAGAGAGUUUAUUAGGGAGCGACUGACCGCUGCUGCUGAAGAAAUCUUCACAGAGGUUGAUAAAACCAUCGUCCAUUACGAGGAAGAGCUGGAUCGUCAGCGCAGACUGCUGGAAAAAUGCUGGGACCCCCAAAUAAACCAACAGAAAAUAGAUGUCCCACAGCAUUAUGUUUGGAAGGAGAAUGAGCUUCUCACUGAUCAUCAGUUCUGCAGCCUAGAGAGGAACUCCAGUUGGGCCACGAAUUAUGCGCAAAAUAAACGCUUGAAGGAGGAACUGGGGACACCAGAACCUAUACAGACUAAUGAGAACCAGGAAGAACUAGAACCACCACAAAUAAAGAAUGAACAGGAGGAACCAGAACAACCAGAACAGGAGGAACCAGAACAACCAGAGAUAAAGGAUGAACAGGAAGAACUCUUUAUCAGUCUGGAGAAACAGCAGCAGCCAGAAUCAAACAAGGACCAACUCAUCAUCCAGAUGUCCUCUGAGCCUGAGAAACAAAACCAGUCAAGGAAUGACCCUGAAGAUUCAGGAUCAAGUAGACAUGAAGAAAAUAUGAGGUUUCAGCAAACCAGAGGUGUCACUGAGAAUGUAGACAUUCCAGAAAUAGAAAGACUGGAGACAUUGCACUCUAACAUCAAUAUUUCAGCUUGUAAAGUUUGUGGUAAAAUAUUUGCUCAGAGUUAUUUGACUGAUCACAUGAGAAUUCACACAGGCAAGAAGCCCUUCUCAUGUUUGACGUGUGGCAAAAAUUUCAGCAGUAGAGCAGGUUUAUAUGGGCACACAAGAACUCAUACAGGGGAGAAGCCUUUUUCAUGCCUGAUCUGUGGGAAACGUUUUCAUCAAAGAAGUAAAUUCAAUGAGCACAUGAAAACUCACACCGGUGAGAAACCUUUCUCGUGUUUGAUGUGUGGAAAAAAUUUCAGCGUAAAAAGAAGUUUAUCUCGGCACAUAAGAACGCAUACGGGUGAGAAGCCGUUCUCAUGUUUGACUUGUGGAAAACGUUUCAGCGAAAGAGGAAGUUUAUCUAGGCACAUAAGAAUUCAUACAGGUGAGAAGCCUUUUUCCUGCAUGGUUUGUGGAAAACGUUUUAAUCGAAGAAGUCAUAUGACUACUCAUAUGAUAACACACCAAGGUGAGCAGGUGCAAUCUUGAGAUGUUUUCAAACAUGGGAGAAGUUCAGAACAGCCAGGUGGCAAGUUGAACGUCGUAGAUAAUCAUUGAAUGGCACAAAUGACCUCCACUUUUUACUGUACAUAAAUUAUUUAAUUUUAUUCUAUUAUUUCUACUUGUUUUUGGACAUUUACCUUGUUCUUCUUUGACUGAACAUUUUUUCUUACUAUCUGCACCCUACUUCUGUGUUACUAAGAGCUGCUGUAACAUGUUAAUUUCUCCAUUGUGAGAUCAAUAAAGUCUGUCUUGAAUAGGCUUUGAUGUGA